GGGAAAGAAUUUCAAACUCAGCUGAUUGAGAAACUGACAUUGCUAGUUCAAAGUCGUCAGCAUUCAGCUCUAUACUUGUCUGUUUCCAGCUUUCAUAUUUUUGAAAAUUUUGUAAAAUUUCCACAGUUUUAACAAAUUAUUUUUUUCACAUUCAUAAAUAAUUUAAUUUAAAUUAUGGCUCGUGUUUUAGUUGGUGUUAAGCGCGUGAUUGAUUACGCCGUAAAGAUUCGUGUGAAACCGGACAAAACCGGAGUGGUGACAGAUGGUGUGAAGCAUUCCAUGAAUCCAUUCGACGAAAUCGCCGUAGAAGAGGCGGUUCGCAUGAAAGAGAAAAAGCUGGCCAGCGAAGUUAUUGCCGUCUCUUGUGGUCCCGCACAAGCUCAGGAAACCCUUCGCACAGCCCUGGCGAUGGGUGUUGAUAGGGGAAUACACGUUGAAGUGUCAGGCCCCGAAUAUGAGACACUGCAGCCAAUACAUGUCUCCAAAAUACUCUCAAAGUUGGCGCAGGAUGAGAAGGCAGACAUUGUUAUUCUAGGAAAACAGGCAAUUGAUGAUGAUUCCAACCAAACGGCUCAAAUGACAGCUGCUUUAUUGGACUGGCCUCAGGGAGUUUUUGCAUCAAAGGUAGAGAAGGGAGCAUCCGACCUGACUGUCACGAGGGAAAUUGACGGAGGUCUGGAAACAAUCAAAAUCAAAUUGCCGGCUGUGCUGAGUGCUGAUCUGCGACUCAACGAGCCCCGAUACGCCACUCUGCCCAAUAUUAUGAAAGCUAAGAAGAAACCGAUCAAGAAGGUGAGUCCGAAGGACUUGGGCGUGGACACAGCGGCCAGAAUAGAAGUGGUGAGUGUGGAGGAUCCACCAACGAGGCAGGCUGGAGUCAUCGUGCCAGACGUCGACACGCUCAUUGCCAAACUCAAGGAGAGCGGCCAUGUUUGAUGAGCUGAACAGCAGCUGGGGGCCACACUGGUUAGGGUCAACACUCAGCCCAUUAUGUAGACAUUGAAAUUGUAAUGAAUAACAACUGGAGGUGACACUUUUGUUAACAAUUGAGACCAUUGUGUAAAAUUGAAAUUGUAACUAAGGUAGCAGGGAUUGAGUGAGAGUCGUUUUUCCUAGUUUCUCAAAAAUGUUUCUAAUAUACAAUCACAGUUGUCCUCAACUUAUUACAGUGAGAUUCACUUAUAAACUGUCAGUGUUGGUGUAGGUGCUGCAAAACAUCGUUAGAUUGGCGAUAGAUUCGGCAUAUAUUUAUUUAAAAACCCGUUGAAUGAAGAUUUGAUGGGUCGCUGCUGUCCCAAUCAGUGCUACCUCCAGUUGUUUGUUAUUGAGCUCAGUGGUUACUAGAAUCAGUACAGUGGACCUGGGACUAAAUACAGUAUCUCGACUAGUUACAGUUUCGGUGCUAUCUCUGCAUGUUAGAACAAGGGAUAAUGAACUACUGUUAUUUAUUUCAAACAUUUUUCUGUUUUUAAAAUAUUAUUUUAUUAAUUCUUUUUUAAUGUAAAACAAUUCAAUUUUUGAAGACUGUAGAUUUUUUGUCAAAUAUAUUCGUUGUGAAUUUGGUUACAGAAGCUAUUCUAUUUAAAUUUAAAACCAUCUUAUCUGUAUUAUAAUAUAUCAUGUAUAGUAUUUCAUUUUUUUCCAAAUAAUUAACACCUGAAUGAUACAAUGAGAUCUCUUAAAGAGAUUGAGUCGAUUUUAUUUCAACAACAGUUGGCUUAUUGAAAUAUUUUUCAAUGAUUGUAGGUGGUUGAGUUAAAUAAUACUCCUAUUAAAUAAUAAUAUAACAUAUUUUCUAAACUAUUGAUUAGAUUAGAGAAAUUGAUAUGCAGCUUUUUGGUUGAAGGCAAUUUGAUGGUGUAAAUAUGUAGUUUUCAAGAAAUAAAUAAUUGAAAAGUGCCGGUGGUAGAGAUUGUCAUGAAAUUAGUCAAAUUCCAUUAUGUGAAAUGUCAUAGUCUUCUAUGUGUGUUCAAAUUAUAAAUUCCAUAAACUAAUGUACUGCUUGUGAGAAUCAAUGUUGUUCAAAUUGUUUUUUAUCAGAAAUAAUAUUUUAUGAUACGAA